AUGUCAAUGCCAAAAUUGACCACCGACAAGGCUCUCCGGAGAUGCUACAUCGUUGGCGACCUCUUCGGCCAAGUUCUCUCUUCCAUCGACCCCGCUGGCCACUUGGAUACAUGGCUGUGCCUUCUGGGCGCCCCGGAACAGAACGACGAAUCAAGUGCUCAAGUACAACGCCGCCCUCCGACCACGUCACUCGUUCUGUCUUGCAACUUGCUGAAUGUCUUCUCAUUCAUGGGGAAUUGUGUCAGUACAUCCGGAAUUGACCCCCCGACGGCCAUCGAUGACUAUGAAUUAUCAGGUGUAUCAGCCCAAGGCGAGGGCGAACUAGAGGGUCCUUUGUCCCGCGUAAACGAUCUAUUGGAUGCAGCCACGAAAGAGAUGGACGACAGUGUCCUCGCAAAUGCGAUUGCCCUUCUACGGAAGACCAUCCGUAACGAACAGGAUGACAGAAUGCGGGCAAAGGCCGAAAUCGUCCUGAUCAAAGCCCUUGUGGCCCGGUUCGCUCGACAUGGAUGGGUGGAGGACUUGGAUGAAGGAGUAAAGCUUUCGUUGAGGGUGCUGUCGUAUCCAACCAAACUCAUUGUGAGUACUACCACAUCCAUCCCAUUCAAACCAGCGGUAAUCUUUGACAACGCGCAGCGCGGAGUGAAGCUUUUGCUGGACGAGGAUCUUUUUCUAUCCAGAUUCAUUCGUGGAGUUAAGCCUUUGCUGAGGGAGGUGUUAACCUCGUCCACCGCAUUCAUUCGUGAAUUGACAGUAUCCGGUUCACGGGGCGGGGACUGGGCUGGCAAUGUCUCUUCCGCCCUCAUUUCCCUGCGGGAGUAUCGACAAACAAUCGACGUGUGCAAGCUAGAAACCGCUGUCAUUGUCGCUAGUGAAGCUCUGGCUUCGAGCCAUGGUGCGACCAGCAGCCGCGGCCAACUGCUGCUCCGGACGGGGAGUGCCCUGGUUCUGAAGUACUUGGCGUCCAAUGACGAGAGAUAUUUGGGCCUGGCCGAGGCAUCUUUUCAGGAUGCCAUACGGGUCCUUAAAAGCGGCGAUCCAACGCUGUUCAUUGCACUGCUCAAUCUCCAGCACGUUGCAUCCAUCAAGCUCGUGGAGUCCAAAGGAGAGAAGUCGGUUAGGUUGCUGGAGCUGAAGCAGCUGCGAAAAAGAAUGGAGAGCGAGGACGAGAAAGGGAGGAAUGCGUACAAGUUGGGAACCCGGAUGAUGAACUCCGAUAAACGUCAGGUAGAGGGAUCUAUCUCAUGGCUCUGUCAGUCCCUUGUAUUCCGACCGCCACGGCAUCCAAGACACCUUGAUACGCUUGCCCAUUUCGCCAACGCGCUCAAUUUUCGAUUUCUUUACACCAGCGACUUGCGCGACCUGGAAGAGUCUGUCAGACUGCACAGAGAAGUGCUCUCUCACCGCCUUCCAGGUCACCGCGACCGCCCCCGAGCGCUCAAUGACCUUGCAACCUCGCUGUCCAACCAAUUCCAGCAUAAAGGCGACUUCCGUGACCUGGAAGAGUCUAUAAGAUUAACCAGGGAGGCGCUUUCUCACCACCCCACAGGCCACCCCGACCGUCCACGCUCCCUCCACGACCUUGCAGCCUUGCUUGGCACCCGGUUCUUGCACAAAGGCGACUUGUGCGAUCUGGAAGAAUGUGUCGCAGUAUCCAGGGAGGCGCUUGCUCUCCGUCCGCCGGGCCACCCCGACCGCCCCCGCUCCCUCCACGACCUGGCAACCUCGCUUGCCUGCCGGUUCCAACACAAAGCCGACUUCCGAGACCUGGAAGAGUCUGUCACAUUGGUCAGGGAAGCGCUCGCCCUCCAGCCUCCAGGCCUCCCCUACCGUCCCGUCUUGCUCCACAGCUUAGCGGUCUCACUUUCAACUCGGUUCCGGGGCAAAGGCGACUUGCGCGACCUGGAAGAGUGUGUCACAUUGUACAGGGAAGCGCUCGCUCUCCGGCCUCCUGGACACACCGACCGUCCCCGAGCGCUCAACGACCUGGCAGCUUCGCUUGACACCCGGUUCCAGCAUAAAGGCGACUUCCGCGACCUGGAAGAGUCUGUCACAUUGCACAGGGAGGUGCUCACUCUCCGCCUUCCAGGCCAUCCCGACCGUCCCCGCUCCCUCAACGACCUGGCGACCUCCCUGGGCGCCCAGUUCCACCACAAAGGCGACUUCCGUGACCUGGAGGAGUCCAUCGCAUUGGCCAGGGAAGCGCUCACUCUCCUGCCUCCAGGCCACCCUGACCAUCCCCGCUCCCUCAACGACCUAGCAACAUCGCUUGGCACCCGGUUCCAGCACAAAAACGACUUUCGCGACUUGGAAGAGUCCAUCGCGUUGGUUAGGGAAGCACUCACCCUCCAACCUCCAGGUCACCCCUACUGCCCCGUCUUGCUCCACAGCCUAGCGUUCUCGCUUCUCACCCGGUUCCAGCGCCGAGGCGACUUGCGCGACUUGGAAGAGUGCGUCACCCUGGAAAGGCAAGCACUCGAUCUCCGCCCUGCAGGGCAUCCCGAACACCGGAACUCACUCAACAGUCUGGCACAAUCACUUUCUGCCCGGUUUGAACACACGGGCGACUUCCGCGACCUGGAAGAGUGCAUUGCAUUUCUCCGGGAUGCUCUUCUUCUGUAUUCAAAGCCGGAUAUCUCUUUACCUGAUACCAGUCACGAAUUGGCUGAUCAUCCCUAUCGGAUUUUUGUGAUUGGGAACCUUGUGAGAAAUCUCAAUUUCAAGUACCGGGCGACAAACGACAACAGCGCCCUGGAUGAAAUAUUCCAGCUUCUGAGGUCUGGUGCUCAGUCCCAAGUGGCGUCGCCAUUGGCGAGGCUACGCCAUGCAAGGCUCUGGAGCUCGACUUGCCGAGAGUUCGAUCGUUCAGCACUGGCACUGGAGGCUUACGAUCAUGGGGUCGCCAUUCUUCCCCAUCUAGCGUCUCUCGACCUCACAUUGGAACAGCGCCAAAAUGUACUCGUUCAUGCCAAGGAUCUCUCAAGAGACGCUGUACAGUGCGCGAUCGAGCAAGGGCAAUUGGACACAGCAGUUGUCUUUCUCUCGACAGCACGAUCGAUCUUCUGGUCCCAAGCGCUCCAAUUUCGGGGGUCUUUCGACCGACUGGACGCCCUCCACCCUGAAUUGGCGUCAGAUCUACGUUCUGUUACGCGCCAACUGGAAAUCGCGACCGACGACGAAAACCUGCGUAUCGACUCGACGUCGGCUCAUCAUGACCUGCCACGACGCCCGUACCUUCUCGCCCAGAGGAGAGAAGAGAUCAUCACCCAGAUUCGAGCUAUAGACGGGUUUCAUGACUUUCUCCUUCCUCCUUCGUUCGACACACUCAAGAGCGCUGCCAGGGAUGGGUCAAUCGUCUUCCUUAAUGCCAGCAAGUACGGAUGCGAUGUCCUGAUUAUGAAACCGGAUGGCACCUUGCAUCGUCGCCCGCUGUCUACAGAUUUGGAGCGAAUUGCGGGGUUGACGGAUGCGAUUGAGCCGUUAUCGCGAGGACAGGCAGCCGGAAAACAACUCCAACGCAAGAUUGACAGCUUCUGCGAAACCGAAACCCGAAAUACUCGCUUGAAGCUACGUCGUAAAAACAGGGGGACAGCGGAAGACGAUUUCAAGGAGCUCCUUGAGAUCCUCUGGGAUGUGGUGGCUGAGCCGGUUAUCAGAAUUCUAGGUCUGCAAAAGACUGACAACCCGCAGCGAAUAUGGUGGUGCCCGACGGGCCCGUUCGCCUUUCUUCCCAUCCAUGCCGCCGGGAUUUAUGCCAACAAUCCUGAGGCGUCCGACUGUCUAUCCGAUUAUGUCGUGUCGUCUUACUGCUCUUCGCCACAAGACCUCAUUGCACCGCCGCCAACACCGAAUCUCGACUACGAAAUGCUUGUUGUUGUCGAGCCAGGAGAUUCAGGGCCGAGUAGACACCGCCUUCCAUUCACCAUGGAGGAGUUGAAGAAGAUUCAGCGUCGAAUCCCGCAUGAACGGCAUUUGGUUACUCGCAUAGGCUCAGCAGAGACUCCCUCCAACCCCGACACAAUCUUGGGCCACAUCAACUCAGCCUCUAUCGUUCACUUCGGGUGCCACGGAUCUCAAGAUUCCUCGAACCCGUUGGAUAGUUCUUUGAUCCUCAGCGGGGGUUGUCUGACCAUGGGAUCACUGAUACGAGGCUGCCGCACGUCCAAUGCUGCCCUUGCCUACCUGAGUGCCUGCGAGACUGCGAUGGGAGACCAGGAACGGCCCGAUGAAUCUCUCUCUUUGGCUGCGACUAUGCAGUUCGCCGGAUUCCGAAGCGUUGUCGCAACGAUGUGGGCCAUCCAAGACGAAGAUGCACCGAUCGUAGCCGAUGUCUUCUACCACCAUCUCUUUCGUCGUGGUACAGCGGCUCCUCCGGACAUAACCGAUGCAGCGUAUGGUCUGCAUCUUGCUGUGAAGAAGCUACGCGACCUGGGGAGACCGUUCCAGCAAUGGGUACCUUUUGUUCAUCAUGGAAUUUGA